GUAUUUGGCAGAAAUUAAACAAAGACAGCUUUUGCCGCAAGGGCCAGCUGGGUACUUCAUUUAUCUUCUACCUCUGUUCACACACUACCUACUGUCUAUAACAAAUAUAAAAUUCAAUCUCCUCUUCUUAUCACUACCUACUGUCUAUAACAAAUAUAAAAUUCAAUCUCCUCUUCUUAUCAAAACUGCUUGAGUUGAAAUUUGAAUACCAUCUAGUUUAUCGUGCCCACACGUGUCGUGGAAGCUUCCUAUAAUACCAAAAUUUCAAACCCCCUUUUCCUUGGCCUAUAAGCUAUCCUGCAUAUAAAUUCUGUAUCCAGUUUCAUUUCGUUUGAUCCAUCUUAAACAGAUAUCUGACCAUACCCAUGCUUUUUUCUGAAGUUAUUUCCAUUAUACAAGUCUUAUUUAGCCAUCCCCACUAAAACUCAUUCUUUUCUUAAGGGUGUUCUCUCCAUUUCCCAGCCGCGCAAGCUUUUUCAAUCAUGGGCGGCAACUCAUCUGAAGGGACGACUUCUGUCCACGACUUCACCGUUAAAGACAUAAGAGGAAAUGAUGUGGAUCUCAGCAUUUACAAGGGCAAAGUUUUACUUAUAGUCAAUGUUGCCUCUCAAUGUGGGCUGACCAACUCUAACUAUAAGGAGAUGAACGAAUUGUAUGCAAAGUACAAGGAUCAAGGAGUAGAAAUCCUAGCCUUCCCAUGCAAUCAGUUUGGUGGGCAGGAACCAGGUAAUAACGAGCAGAUUGUUGAAGUGGCAUGUACUCGCUUUAAAGCAGAGUUUCCCAUUUUUGACAAGGUUGAGGUCAAUGGUGGUAAUGCAGCUCCCAUCUACAAGUUUUUGAAAUCAAGCAAAGGUGGAUUUUUUGGUGACAGUAUAAAAUGGAACUUCACUAAGUUUUUGGUGGACAAAGAUGGAAACGUGGUUGAUAGAUAUGCACCCACCACAUCUCCGUUGAAGAUUGAGAAAGAUAUCAAGAAGCUGUUGGGUGUUGCCUAAUGCUCUGAUAAACUACCUGUUGUAGCCAUUCUAUUUGCCAGGAUGCUGGAGAAUAAAGAAGUAAUAAUUCAACUGAGACAUGGUUCUGAUUAUACUACACAAGAUAAAAUGGAUCACUACUUACUAUUCACAGGACAUAUUAGUAUUGCAGAUACAGUUGAUCUAUUGUAUUUCAUAUGAUUUUAUAUGUAAAAUAAUUAGAGAGUGCUCAUGGUUCAUUUUUCAGUA